AUGAAGCUUAAAAGGUUUCUUCUGAGAUAUUAUCCUCCUGGCAUAAUUUUGGAGUACAUUCGCAGUAAUGGAGAAUAAGAAACGAAAUCUAUUGACUUGCUAAAUUUGAGCAAUGAUACAGAUGUAGAUCAAUUAGUUGAAGAAAUAGUCAUGGAAGAGCCAAUCAUUUCAGAGAGUCGGAAACCCUAACUCGCAGCCUUAAUCAGAAAAUUAAUAGAUAAAAUUGAAUCAAAAAAAGAGCAAUAAUUUGAAUUAUUCAAAACUCUUAAGGCUCAUAUGCUGCCUCUGACAAAUUGUGCAUUCAAUAAAAAUGGAGACAAGUUUAUCACAGGUAGCUAUGACAGAACAUGUAAAGUGUGGGAUACUUUUACAGGAGAGGAAAUAGUAUCUCUGGAAGGUCAUAAAAAUGUUGUAUAUUGUAUUGCAUUUAACAAUCCAUUUGGUGAUCGGGUGGUAACAGGAUCAUUUGAUAAGACUGCGAAAAUAUGGGAUGCUAAUUCAGGCAAAUGUCUAUAAACUCUAGUGGGACAUAAUUACGAAAUAGUGUGCACAUCUUUUGAUCCUCAUUCUUUAAUCGUGGCUACAGGAUCAAUGGAUAAAACUGCUAGGUUGUGGGAUGUAGAAAGUGGAAAGUAAAUAGCAAGGCUAGAUGGACAUGAUGGAGAAAUUGUUAGUUUGCAUUUCAAUUCAGAUGGAGAUAAAUUAUUGACAGGUUCAUUUGAUAAAACUGCAAUGAUCUGGGAUGUUAGAUCAGGAGAGUGUAUUCAUAUGUUGGAUGAACACACAGGAGAAAUAUCAAGUACUUAAUUCGAGUUUACAGGUGAUUAUUGUGCUACUGGAUCUAUUGAUAAGACUUGUAAAAUCUGGGAUAUCAAAACAGGUAAAUGCAUAGAAACCUUGAGAGGACACAAAGACGAAGUUUAAGACAUCUGUUUCAACUCCACAGGCACUAGAUUAGUGACAGUUUCAGCAGAUGCCACAGGAAGAGUAUACAAUGUGCAUACUGGAGAAUGCAUUGCGUAAUUACUUGGUCAUAAGGGAGAAAUAUCCAAGGUUCAAUUUAACCCCUCUGGUAACAAGAUCAUUACUGCUAGUGCAGACAACACUGCCAGAAUAUUUUCAGAAACUGGUGAAUGUUUGUAAGUACUUGAGGGACACACAGAUGAAAUAUUUAGUUGCUCAUUUAAUUAUGAAGGAGACAUCAUCAUUACUGGGUCUAAAGAUAAUACAUGUAAAAUAUGGAAAGAAGUCAAUUUGCCAGUCAAAAAUAAGUGACAAAUUCAUUAAUAAUAUAUUUAUUAUUUUCAGCAACUUUUAUA